UGAUGAUCCGUUUGCUGAUCCAAGACCGGCGGUGCGACCUCAACAGCAGACGGUAAUCCCGGCACAAGCCGUUGCUGCCGUGUCCCCCGCUGAGACCAUCCAUGUACCAGAUUCGUUCGAUCCUCGUUCGCCAAGGGAUGAUGCGAUGGUUCCGGCCGCGGAACCUGCUGCGAUAGCCCUCCCACUCAUGCAUGAAGUCAUAUCCUCGCAGUGAACCUUCUCGUCAACCUUCUGGAUAUAAUCUCGGCGCAGGCGGAAACGAUUCAAUGGAUUACUUUGGAAGAAGUCAGGACGAACGUCGUCCUCUUCUUAAUUCACGUCCAUCCACACCCCCAAUUAUCACCACUUUCCUGGGGCACAUGGCGUCCGACUCGGUCGCGCAAUCAUACCGUGCCUCUAGGGCUGCGCACCCACCAGCAGUCGCACAGCCCACACCCCAAUGGGCACGACCAGCUCGAUUUGAUGUCAACGGCUCAGCUCGAAAUAACUACGAUUACGGUUCUGUGAGACGACCUUACGCGGAUAGCGGGUGGUUCGAAUAUGUGCUACCUCAUGGGAUUCGGUAUUUCGGAAACCCCGAAAAACGCGCUACGACAGAUUUGGAUCUGAGGAGUCACGCAAGGUUAGAGGAGGUGGAGAGAGUUAUGGAGAGUGCCAUGGAAAACGUGGCCGACCGACAAGUUCCAGACGGGUGUGAGAUGUGGAUUCGGAGGAGUCACAAGGUGUCGGCGUGGAGUAGAAAGAAGGGCGUAGCUAUGGGAGACUUGGUCGUAUUUUGGGUAGAUCAUAGGUAUAGGCGGAUUCUGACUGACGCACCCACCGAUGAUGGGGGAGUUUCGGGAGAGGAUGACCGCCUGGACGACGAGUACAGGUACUGGUCCUAUGUCGAAAUGCAUCCUGCCCAUGUCGUUCUCUCUCAAGGGUCCCGGCAGGAGGCUGCGGACGCACUGCAUUGGUCCUAUACAGAUCGGCUGCUCGCCCAUCCCCAACCGAUUCAGCCGCCUUUUAGUCAGGAGGAGUGUCAGGAACUGUUGAGACUACUCAAUGAUCCGAGUCAACAAUCCACUCUUUCGUACACACGCAUGGUUGCCCGUGUUCUUCUACGUGCCGCUCACUGGCGUCAGGUCAAUUUCAGGCCGCACAAACCCCUCCCGCGAGACAUUAUCGCCGCACACACAUCAAGGCAGACCCCAAUGCUACGCACGGCGGUCGAGAUAUUGAUCAGUAUACUGUGCCUUGGCAUCCCAUUCUUGUUCGUGGAUCGAGCGAGAUAUAGUGGCCAUUUUGAUGUGGAGGGGAAUGCAAGCACACAGAGUAGUGCGCCGCUGUUUGUUGUCGGUGCUUGUACCUGUCUCGUGUCUGCAAUUAUCCUCAGCGCCUCUGUCACGCUUAUCUCGUUCCCGGGGCUGGAUGGUAUCGCACGCAUUGGAGGUCUGGUUGCCAUUUCAUGCUCCGUUCUGAGCAUGGUCACAUCUUUCCUGUCUAUUUUCCGGUAUAAAGCAGAGAUGACGCAGGGCUCUGCAGCUGUUCAUCAUGCUGCUGCUGCUGCCCGUGAAGGAUUCGUAUUUCUUCCUCGCCGAAGCAUUCUGCUUUCCCUUCCGCUAGUUUUUCUCACGUAUUCCGUGGCUGGGUUCAUCACUGGCGUCGUCGUCUACUCUUUCCGAACUGCGACAAUCAACCUCGCGCAUGCUGGUAUGCCGUCUGUUGCUAUCAAGUUUGACGAGUAUGCCAGGUGGAUGGUGGUAGGCGUACUUGGGGCAUUGACGGGUGUGUUGAUCGCUUCUGCCGUGGUGUCUAGGAGAUAAAGAUUGGUCGUAACUGUUUGUAUCGGGUUUUGAUCAAAGCUGGUGUAUGUGAUUCAGUAGGUUUACUGCGAGUGUGGUGUACGUGUGUGUGGGAUUUGUACUUUAUUGUCACCAUCUUCAUUCUUCCACCGAAUA